AUGCUCGCGAAGACUUUCCUCGUUUCCUUGUCCUUGUUCGCUUUGUUGGGAUCAGCGUCUGAGGUUCUAAAACGACAGUCAGAUCAAUGCACCACUGACUGCACUUCUUUGAUUACGUCAUGCGGCGGUGGCCCCCAGACAUGCCCAUGCACCAGUGAUAUCCAGAAGGCCGCUCAAUCGUGUUUGAACUGCUUGGCCUCCGAUCCUGCUUUGGCAUCCAUGGCUGCAGGACUGGGCCUCGACCCUACGACUCUUACCUCCCGUGCGUACGCUCUCAAGCGCAAAUGUGCUGCGUCAUCCAUCAGCCUGACCGUUCCUCAGGCUGCAGCUACAGGUUCAACAGGAGGUGCCUCUGCUAGUGGUAGUGGUAGUGGUAGCGCAACACCCACCGCAAGUGGAGCAUCACCUACAGGCACAUCACCUGGAUCGGGUACCGCAGCUCCGACUGCAUCUACUAGCUCCAACACAAGCAGCGGCGAGAAGCUUCGAAACGAAGCCCAAGCUUGCUUGAACUGCGUGCUUCAAAAUGAGGCAGCUACUGUAAUUGAAGCUGGUUUUGACCCUGUUGCUGAAGCUCGAGAGUUCAACACAAUAUGUGCUUUAGAAGGACUACACAUCACUAUACCACCUGUUGGUGGGAGCACUUCAACGGCUAAACCAUCAGCAUCGCCAGUCGGGACGCCCUCAAUUGUAACGGUCACCGUUUCGAGUGGAUCGACAGCUGGCUCGCAAAGUGGAGGAACAAGCUCGGCAGGAAGUCCAACAGGCGUUUCUGGGUCAGCCAAUGGUGGGACAAGUACGGGAGGCUCUGGGACAAGUUCAGGAGGGGGAAGUGGCAAUGGGGAUCCGGCGAGCGGGGGAUCCAACGCGGGUCCACAGAAAAAUAGCAAUACUAGCUCAAGUCAAAGAAGCGCCGUGGAAAUGGCGCCGUGGAAUAUUACGGCAGGCUUGUGCGAUCCUGCAUGCGAUGGCCUGAUAGCGACCUGUGGUGCCUCAGGAGGGGAAUGUCCCUGUACGACAACAGUACAACAAGAAGCCCAGUCCUGCUUUGACUGCGUCACCACCAAGGAAGCAGGCAUCAACGCGAUAACCGGUUUUGAUCCUGUGGCUCUUGCUCAAGCAGCCGCUUUACAGGCCUGCAUUAACUGCGCUAUUCGAGCAAAUCCAACCCCCUUCGUCGUCGACUCUGCAAAAACACUCUCGUCCAGUUAUUCUACUCUCUGCGCACCCUUUCCCAACACCCCGGCUGUGACUGUCCCUGCUGUUCCCGGAGCAUCGAGCAGUAGUGUUAUUAGAUCUGUGACGUCUACUUCUACCACCAGUUCGAUCGAAGAUGGGACGUUUAGCAUUUUACCUAUCUUCCCGACAACAAGCGGUCCCCAAAGCACUAUUUCACAAACCGUGCCAUUCCCCUCGACCCUGUCGCAAAUCACCGUUCGUCCUUCCGAUACCGAGUCGUUAUCAUCGUCAAGUAGCCCAAGUGCAACAGCAGAUCCAGGCGCACCGUCGAGUUUGGGUUUCAAAAAUGGUGCCUCCAACGUACUUUGGGUGACAAUUGGCGCCGCGAUUGGUGUUGUUCUUAUAAUAUGA